ACUCACUCAAUGAGAGGGAGAGAAAGGGCCGGUUAGCUGGACAUCUCCUCAUACCCCCUGUUUUUUCGCUUUAUGUUUACAGCUGUAUAGUGUGUUAGCAGUCUGAUUUAAAAGACAAGGCAUCCGUAAAACCAAGCCACGUAUUUGGUGUUAUUCCUGAGUUGGCUAACCAGCUGGCUAAUGUUAGGUGUUUCCUGGUUGGAGUUGCAGCCAUUUUGGAUUUUUACCGAGGAACAGCUAGCCGGGGUCGUGGUUUUGGGACCAGUAAACUAGCCACCGCUCCCGUUUUCGUAACACCGCUGUUUAUCUGCAGACAGGGACAAGGGUACGCUUGACGAGAGGGGAUACAAUACAACGAGUCAACAAUGAAUCCCGAAUAUGACUAUUUAUUCAAGCUGCUCCUGAUUGGUGACUCUGGUGUUGGAAAGUCUUGCCUUCUCCUCCGAUUUGCAGAUGACACAUACACAGAAAGUUACAUUAGCACUAUUGGUGUGGACUUCAAAAUACGAACCAUAGAACUAGAUGGAAAGACCAUUAAACUUCAGAUUUGGGAUACGGCAGGUCAGGAGAGGUUUCGUACAAUCACAUCCAGCUACUACAGAGGUGCUCAUGGUAUCAUUGUAGUGUACGAUGUCACAGACCAGGAGUCCUUCAACAAUGUCAAACAGUGGCUACAGGAGAUCGACCGCUAUGCCAGUGAAAAUGUCAACAAGCUAUUGGUCGGGAACAAGUGUGACCUGACGACAAAGAAGGUGGUGGAUUACACAACAGCAAAGGAGUUUGCAGACUCUCUGGGCAUCCCCUUUUUGGAAACCAGCGCCAAGAACGCCACCAAUGUGGAGCAGGCCUUCAUGACCAUGGCUGCUGAAAUCAAAAAGAGGAUGGGCCCUGGGGCCACUGCUGGAGGAGGGGACAAGCCCAACGUAAAGUUGACCCCUGGCACUACUGUCAAGCCUUCAUCAGGAGGAUGCUGCUGAGAGAGAAACCUUUGCCCCCCCCCACUCCCCCCACCCCCCACCUCCCCUCCCCUCUGCAGGCUCUGCAUCCUCCUGAAACUCUACUGUGUUCCAGCAAAGCCCCACCACAAGUCGACAGGACAGGGAAGACACGUUUCACACGUCUGUGAGAACAAGAAGAAGAGGUUGCCUGUAUUUGUACUGUACAUAGUAUAGCCACACUACCAAAAACAAAUAAAGCGUCCUUCUUGUCA